GAGUUGAGUAAAAGCCUAUCAUUGAAUACAACCCAUUCAGUAAACAGUCCUGAUCAAUUCCACCGUAUAAGAACACCUCUCCUGUGUUUGAAAAAUCAAUUCAUCGUCAGCUGUAGAGACUAGACUGCGUAGUGCAGGUACCCGUUAGUGCUUCAGUGCAUCCGGACAUACUCGAUCGUGUAUGCUGUCACUAUGAGCCGUACCUCUGAACGUGGAACCAAGAGAAAACGUGAGGGUGGUGAUGAAAAACAUCGUGAUGAAGUUCACGCGCCUUUUACCUCCAAGUACAGUGGACACGGCACAAAUGAUAAAGACUGUUCAAAAUGCAAGACCAUUGUAAAUGGUAUGGAGACCUCACAGCGUGUCCUAUCGAUGCAUGUUGACAUCAGAAGCAUCUGUCCGCCAAAGGAUAAAGAUUCCGCGGGAACAAGGCAAGCUCGUCCAAGAAAAGCAAAAUGGACAAAAACAAGGAACAUGAACAUGAACAAAGUGUACCCAAAAACAAAGAUAAACAGGAAAAGACUGACAGAAAAAACAAGGAAAAAGAGCGUAUUUUUGAACAUAUUUGUGCUCUUAGAAACUCAAACGGUGGCAUCUUGCUGAUAUAUUUUACACAUAUGGAUGACAGCGACAGGUCUCUUGCACUAGUUGACGAACUGAUUGAUGAUAGGCUAAAUGAACUAAUUGAGGAUGGAGUCUUAUUCCAUGAUAGUUACUUCAGAAAUUGGCUGAAAGGAGAACCCAACUGCCUCUCGAUCACAUGCAACUCUUCAUCAACUAUAUCUACCGUAAACUACAACACACACAUCAACCUCAACAAAGGUUUUGCUAGACCCACAGUUUUGAACAUGCGUUACAUCCUGAGUAAAGACAGAUCAGGUGGAGGGUACGAGGAGAAGGCGCUUCGCGGACUACAAGAGGUCAGCAACGUGCAACUAAAAUCCUUCCCACAUGCCGGCCAGGUGGCGAGAAGUGAUUGGGCACCCUACAUCGUGGACAAACUUCGUCUGAGGGAAUACAUUUCAUCCUUUGCAAACCAGAAAGGAGGCGGGUAUUAUUUCCUAGGAAUUGCUGAACAAGAUCAAACAAUGCGCUCCUACAACUCAAGAAAGUUAUCCAUUGAAGGAUUUGAACUGAAGAAGGAGCUUCAUGAGACUCUCAAGUCAGAAUUACAGGACCAAAUUGCUUCGAGGGUUUUGUUUCUGACGCCGGAGAGGGCCAUUGUUGACCGAGAUGUGAUCACACAAUCUCUGAAGUUUACGUUCCACAAAGUGGAACGUCAUGAAGACAUCUGUGUUCUUGAGGUAUAUGUGCCUUCCUUCAGUGGAGUUGCGUUCUUCAACAGUGAUGGUCCAGAGUCCUACCGUAUUAAUGCGAACAUUUGUAUCCAACGUGUCGUACCACAGGAAUGGUGUCAGAAGGUUUUGGAGCAUCCUACAACGUAAAUACUUUGAGACACUGGCAUCCAUUACCAGAUGUGUAUUUACCCUGGUUUCUUCUGUGUGGCGUCUGUGGACAAUAAUUCAUUACCGAACUCUGCGAUACUCAUGAUUCAUUUAUAUGUUAUAUUCUUCAGUAAUAUUGAAUUAUGAGUAUCAUGUUGAAUUACAGUUCAUGUAGAUAGAUAGAUAAAUAAACUACUAGGCAAAAGAAAGUUAUUCUUCAUUUGAUCACAAAAUAGAAACGAAGACGUAAAUGAGAUUUAUGAUAAUUGUUUUACAAACGGAAAUUAUUUUGAAGCUGCAUGCCUGCUCUGUCCAACAUCAGUAUGUAUGACACAAUCAUACACGUGCAUUUCCACCAAUUCCCCACAAUUACGUUUAUCGCGUUUUGUAGAAUUUACGAUUCGUCCGAGGUUUUCGAACAGCUGCGUUGUUAUCGUAACAAUGUUGCGUUUUGGCGAAUGUCUUCUGCUUGGGUUCAAACCUGUACCAACAUUAUUGUUUUGUAUACAGUUACUUUAAAACUGAUAACUUUCUUUUGGACGGCAGUUUAAAUAACAAUAGGAAAUGAAAUCUCGCGCCUGUUAAAAUGUGUAUCUGAAUAGCAUUACACCUCCAAUGCAUCUGAAAUACGUACCAACUGUUCAAACAAGAUCCUGCAUACAUGAUACGCCUGAGAUAUUCAUGAACCACAUGUCUGUUGAUUGUCAAGAGGACAGUGAAGAAAAACACUUGACAAAGCAAUUUGAAAGCAAUUAAAGGCGCAGUCUGAUGAUCCGGGAAUGUCAAAUAAAAAGCUUGUCAUU